GAUUGAAAGCGGCGGGGCAGGCGGGCGGGCGGAGAGCGCAGAGCCGCCGAGCAAGCGAGCGGGAGCCUGAGCCCGGCGGCCCCAGCUCCUCUCCGUUUCUCUCCGCGCCAGAGCCGGGUGCGCCAGGUAGGGUGAGCCCGUGGUGCCGCGGCCACCACCGACCUUAUCAGUCCUGAACCCACGUCCCGGGGCUCCGCGGACCCUCGAGUUCUGGGGCGCCCGGGCCAGAGGGGCCGGGGAGUCCAGACGGCGCUCGCCGGGAGCUCGGGGAAGAGGGAAGACCUCUCUGGGGGUCCGGCCUGUCUUCCCCCAAGGACGCGCGCCCUGCAUCGCGCUCCCUCGCUGCUCCUGCUCCUCCGUCCUUUGGUCCGUCUUUCUGUCUGUACCUCCGUCUUUGUCUCAGCCUCUCGGACUCGCUCGCUCCCUCCCGCUUUCUCUGAUUUUCUGCCUGAUUUUACGGCCCUGUCCUCGGGGUUACCUGCCUCUGGAAUUCCGUCCAUCUCCGCGCCUCUGAGCCUGGGUCCGGGCCUCCGAGAGGGAGGCUCGCGGUCUUGACCGGUUUUGGCCUCCGUGCCCAUCUCUGUCCCUGUCCUCAUCUGUUUUAGUCUCCAUCUGUGUCUCUCCUAUUUGCCUGGUUGAGCCGCUCCUUUCAGGCUCUGCACAGGACCCCCGUCCCCCUGCCUAGGCACCAGCAGGAGGAUUAGCCCUGGGGAGCUGAGGGAGCAAAGUGAGGCGCUGCUGUCUCUAUGGCCAGAACGUGGAGUCCUUGAACUAGUUGCUGCCCUUCCUCAGCCUCAGUUUCCUUUCCGAUUCUGAGGAAAGAUGUGUAAACCUCUCCCAGCCUUUCCAAACCUGCGUGACUGUGAGAAGUUGCGUGGGGCAUGUGUCUGGAAAGGCAACAGGAGCACAAACGGUGGGGUGCAGAGUGGAAGAGGGAGGGAGGAAGCAAGGGAGGGAAGGAAGGACUUCUCUGAGGGUCAGGGCCAGGGUGGACAGAGCCCUGAGACUGAGGAUGGGGCAGUUGAAAAUGGUGAAUCUCUGUUGGAUUCUGAGCUGACCUGCCUCAGAAGAGGAAACCAAGGCACAAAGUCUCAAACAGUAUCUUAGAUAGAGAUAAGGACUCCAAACGUCUCGCUCUCAAAACUGUUUUGAGAUUCUCACCAGAAGAACUAUCCCUCCACCUACCCACCCACCCACACACAUCCACUUGACCUGUAGACUUAGGACCUGUGGCCACUUGGUCUUCUUCUGUCCCUGGGGCCAGCCUCUCCACCUUGCUGUCUUACUUCCAGGGCCUAGGGUCUCUAUUCCUUCCUCAGUUCAGGGGCUCUGGGAAUGGCCUUUUAAGAACCAGAGGUUAGAUCCCUUGGGUACUCACCUGGGCUCCUUUCUCCCCAGAAACAGGAGAGUGUCCCUUAGAGAGUUUUCCCUCCCUCUUUUCUGGUGGGUCCUCAGCUAGCAGUGCUCCCUCUCUGGAAACCCAAAGCUCGGGAUGUGGACUGUACCCCUAACUUUGUAACUCUGAUGUGGCCUCUACUGCACAAGUGUUGACCUUGGGUUCUUGUGAGGUUUGUAUAGGGUCUUGGACACCUUUCAAUGCACAGAUGGCUUGGGGCGCCAUAGUAUUGCCUGGAGUCUCCUGUCCACUGCCCGUGUCCCCACUCCCUGCUUCCUUCUCUCUCCCUCUAGUGAAUUUGGGGUGGGCACAGGGCCCAACUCCAGCCACAGGUCAGGGCAGGACAGAGACAGGUCCAGGGGUGUCCCAGGAGCUGACCAGCCUAGUUAGUGUUACCACCCUCUCCCUGGCUCCUGAGCCCCUGGGAAAGGGAAGCGGGGUUGGGGGCACUGUCAAAAGGGGAAGCCGCUCUCAGGUUCUACUUCUUCCUGUCUGUCUGUCUCUUUCUGCAGGAGCUGCAUCUCAUUUCUUUUCCUGUCUGUUCUUUCCUCGCUGUUUUUUCCUGCCUCUGUUUCCUCCUCUCCUUGCCUUUACUGCUUCUCCCCUCAUCCCCUGGAGGCCCAGGUCUGCUGGGCUAACCCGUUCCCCUCCAGGCCAUGGGAUCGCUACUGGGGCUCCUGGCACUGCUGCUGCUGUGGGGCGCUGUGGCUGAGGGCCCAGCCAGGAAGGUGCUGACCCUGGAGGGGGACCUGGUGCUGGGCGGGCUGUUUCCGGUACACCAGAAGGGCGGCCCGACUGAGGAGUGCGGUCCAGUCAAUGAGCACCGCGGCAUCCAGCGCCUGGAGGCCAUGCUUUUUGCGCUGGAUCGCAUCAACCGCGACCCGCGCCUGCUGCCCGGCGUGCGCCUAGGGGCGCACAUCCUCGACAGCUGCUCCAAGGACACAUACGCCCUGGAGCAGGCGCUUGACUUCGUGCGUGCCUCGCUGAGCCAUGGCGCCGACGGCUCGCGCCACAUUUGCCCCGACGGCUCAUACGCCACACACGGCGAUGCUCCCACCGCCAUCACUGGCGUCAUUGGAGGCUCCUAUAGCGACGUCUCUAUCCAGGUGGCCAACCUCCUGCGGCUGUUUCAGAUCCCACAGAUCAGCUAUGCCUCAACCAGUGCCAAACUGAGUGACAAGUCCCGCUAUGACUACUUUGCCCGCACGGUGCCCCCCGACUUCUUCCAAGCCAAGGCCAUGGCCGAGAUUCUCCGCUUCUUCAACUGGACCUAUGUUUCCACCGUGGCAUCUGAGGGUGACUAUGGGGAGACAGGCAUCGAGGCCUUUGAGCUAGAGGCCCGUGCCCGCAACAUCUGUGUGGCCACCUCGGAGAAGGUGGGCCGUGCCAUGAGCCGCGCAGCCUUCGAGGGUGUGGUGCGAGCCCUGCUGCAGAAGCCCAGUGCCCGCGUGGCCGUCCUGUUCACCCGCUCUGAGGAUGCCCGUGAGCUGCUUGCUGCCACCCAGCGUCUCAAUGCCAGCUUCACCUGGGUGGCUAGCGAUGGCUGGGGGGCCCUGGAGAGCGUGGUGGCAGGCAGUGAGGGGGCUGCGGAGGGCGCCAUCACCAUCGAACUGGCCUCCUACCCCAUCAGCGACUUUGCCGCCUACUUCCAGAGCCUGGACCCCUGGAACAACAGCCGGAACCCCUGGUUCCACGAGUUUUGGGAGCAGAGGUUCCGCUGCAGCUUCCGGCAGCGAGACUGUGCUACCCACUCGCUGCGGGCUGUGCCCUUUGAGCAAGAGUCCAAGAUCAUGUUUGUGGUCAACGCAGUGUACGCCAUGGCCCACGCGCUGCACAACAUGCACCGUGCGCUCUGUCCCAACACCACCCGCCUCUGCGACGCCAUGAGACCUGUCAACGGGCGCCGCCUCUACAAGGACUUCGUGCUCAAUGUCAAGUUUGACGCCCCAUUCCGCCCGGCUGACACCCACAGUGAGGUCCGCUUUGACCGCUUUGGUGAUGGAAUUGGCCGCUACAACAUCUUCACCUAUCUGCGGGCCGGCGAUGGGCGCUAUCGCUACCAGAAGGUGGGCUACUGGGCAGAAGGCUUGACCCUGGACACUAGCCUCAUCCCAUGGGCUUCGCCCUCGGCCAGCCCCCUACCCGCCUCUCGCUGCAGCGAGCCUUGCCUCCAGAACGAGGUGAAGAGCAUGCAGCCUGGAGAGGUCUGCUGCUGGCUUUGCAUCCCGUGCCAGCCCUACGAGUAUCGGCUGGAUGAAUUCACCUGCGCUGACUGUGGCCUGGGCUACUGGCCCAAUGCCAGCCUGACCGGCUGCUUUGAGCUGCCCCAGGAGUAUAUCCACUGGGGUGAUGCCUGGGCCGUGGGGCCUGUCACCAUAGCCUGCCUGGGCGCCCUGGCCACCCUCUUUGUGCUGGGCAUCUUUGUGCGGCACAAUGCCACACCGGUGGUCAAAGCCUCAGGCCGGGAGCUCUGCUACAUCCUGCUGGGUGGCGUCUUCCUCUGCUACUGCAUGACCUUUGUCUUCAUCGCUAAGCCAUCCAUGGCAGUGUGCACCUUGCGGCGCCUUGGCUUGGGCACUGCCUUCUCUGUCUGCUACUCAGCCCUGCUCACCAAGACCAACCGCAUUGCGCGCAUCUUCGGCGGGGCCCGGGAGGGUACCCAACGGCCACGCUUCAUCAGUCCUGCCUCGCAAGUGGCCAUUUGCUUGGCGCUUAUCUCUGGCCAGCUGCUCAUUGUGAUUGCCUGGCUGGUGGUGGAGGCACCGGGCACGGGCAAGGAGACAGCCCCUGAGCGGCGGGAGGUGGUCACACUGCGCUGCAACCACCGUGAUGCCAGCAUGCUGGGCUCGCUGGCCUACAACGUGCUCCUCAUCGCUCUUUGCACGCUCUAUGCCUUCAAGACCCGCAAGUGCCCUGAGAACUUCAACGAGGCCAAGUUCAUCGGCUUCACCAUGUACACCACCUGCAUCAUCUGGCUUGCCUUCCUGCCCAUCUUCUAUGUCACCUCCAGUGACUACCGGGUUCAGACCACCACCAUGUGUGUGUCAGUCAGCCUCAGUGGCUCUGUGGUGCUCGGCUGCCUCUUUGCACCCAAGCUGCACAUCAUCCUCUUCCAGCCACAGAAGAAUGUGGUCAGCCACCGUGCGCCCACGAGCCGUUUCAGCAGCGCCACCACCAGGGCCAGCUCCAGCCUGGGCCAAGGUUCUGGCUCCCAAUUUGUCCCCACUGUUUGCAACGGCCGCGAAGUUGUAGACUCGACAACCUCGUCGCUUUGAGGACCCCAUAGCCCUGCCCUGACUUGGCUGCUCCCUGGAACCUGGUGCAGCUCCACAUCCAGGAUGCCCACCCCUGUGCCCACUCCCCAGUGUCUCACCGACCCACCUCCCCCAACCCUUUGGAUUCAGAUGUCAGGGUCCUCAGCAGGGGCCUGUGCAGUGUUCACCAACUGCCCUUGCAGUUGCGUCCCCUCUUCACCAGGCCCAGGACUUGGAGGACACAAGCCAGGGUCCACUCUACCCUGGAACGGGGUUGGGGUUGGGGUCAGGGGAGCUCUGGCUGAGGAACGCAGGCCCCAAUUCCCCAUCAGUAAAGGUGCUUCCAGCGCUGCCCCUAACCCCCACUUCUAGGGCCUUUUUAAUUUUUUAUAUAAGUUAUUCUGGGUUGGGGGAGGGAGUUAAUGUGAGGCCAUACCCCCUUGCACAGUAGUUUGUCCUGUGGUUUAUUUUGUAUUAUCUGUAAAUAAAGUGUCUUUAUUAAAAAAGCAAUUACUCUUUGCCCUUAACCCAGGGAG